AUCCUUGACAAAGGUACCGGAGAUGUUCAAUCUUUAUCGAAGGAGAACGAGGAUAAGAUGAAAAUAUUAACGGAUAAGUUGCAACAAGUUAAAACAAAGCUUUACGAAUCUAAAAACGCUUACACGAGUCUCAAACAGGAAUUCAACAAAGCUCAAAAGUUAUUGUGCAGGGAAGUUGGUGAUAAUGUAACGGUAACUGGAUUAUCCUCGCAAUUGGGUGGUUGGCGUGGAAGAGCUGAACAAAUCCGAAUACUUCAACAAAAGAUUGUUGAAUUGCAAAAUAAAUUAUUGGAAUAUGAUGGAACUUUGAAAGGAUCCUUUGUAUCCUUGGAACGUAAGAAUCUUGCGAACCUUCGGAACGCGGAUAAAGAAAGACGAAAACAAAUAGAAAAUUCAGCGAAAGAACUCAGACAAGCGGAAGUUGCCUUGGAAACGUAUAAAAGAAAGCUCGAAGCAUCAAAAGCUAGAAUUAAAGUACUCGAAAAUGAAUUGAACGUGACCAAAGCAAACGUAGCCGUGUUGAACGAAAAAAGAUCUCACGACGAUCAUUUGAUUGAAACGCUUAACAAUCGAUUGAAAUCCAUUGAAAAUAAAUAUCAAGAACGUGAGAUAGAUAUAAAAAAUAAUGAAGACAAAAUCGAACGUGAAUGUAUUAACGUUAAAAAUGAUUUACAAGCUGCACAAAUACAAAUCGAUCGAUUGACGAGAAAACUCGACGAACGUGAAAUAGAAAUAGACAAAUUGAGAAAUGGUCUGAUGAUACCGGAAGAUCAAAAACCACAACGAGUUAUUCCACAUACUGAAGAACGAAACGUUGUUAACAAUUAUCAUAGAAGUCCUCCGAAUACUAUUAAAAAUUUAAACGAACCUAACGAAUAUGUUACAAUAGCUAUAGCUGCAGAAGCUGAACGAGAAAGAUUGUUGGAAUUGGUAAUAGUGUUGAACAGACGAUUGGACAAGGAACGAAACGAUGCCAACAGUUUAACUGAAUCACUGAGAAACGAACGAUACAAAUUGGCUAAAUUGGAAUCGAAACUUCGAAAAUUGGAAAAUGAAAGAGCAGGAAUUUCAAAAGUGGACAGUGGUUUUUACAGAAUCAAAAAUUUCAGAUCUAUAUCAGGAUCGAAAACGAAUGAAGAAUUUGCGAAUGCUGAACAAAUUCGUUUCAAAUUGGAAUUACUCGAAGAGGAAUGUCUCACUUUGAAAGCAAGAUUAAAUACCGUGCAACAAGACAAAGCUUCCGAUUUGGAAACAUAUAAACGAAUGUUAGAUCAAGCUAGAAAAACUUUUCAAGAAGCAUGCAAAAAUAAACAAACUACCACGCCUGCGAGUCGUUCAACAGUUACCGUCUAA